UGGCCGGCACGGCGGCGGUCGCGUGACGGCCCGGCCGGGCGCUGCUCGCCAAGAUGGCGGACGAGGAGGGCGAAGCGCGGCCGCGCUCGGCGGCGCCGCCCCGGGACAGCGGCGGGGACGGGGCCCCGUUGGGCCCCGGCGGUCCCCGCGUCGUCCGCAUCGUCAAAUCCGAGUCCGGCUACGGCUUCAACGUCCGCGGUCAAGUGAGCGAGGGCGGGCAGCUGCGGAGCAUCAACGGCGAGCUGUACGCCCCGCUGCAGCAUGUCAGCGCCGUGCUGGGCGGCGGGGCUGCCGACCGCGCCGGGGUGCGCAAGGGGGACCGCAUCCUGGAGGUGAAUGGGGUGAACGUCGAAGGAGCCACACACAAGCAAGUGGUGGACCUGAUCCGCGCGGGCGAGAAGGAGUUAAUCCUGACGGUGCUCUCGGUGCCUCCCCACGAGGCCGAUAACCUGGAUCCCAGCGACGACUCCUUGGGCCAGUCCUUCUAUGACUACACGGAGAAGCAGGCCGUGCCCAUCUCCAUCCCCACCUACAAGCACGUGGAGCAGAACGGAGAGAAGUUUGUGGUGUACAACGUUUACAUGGCGGGCCGGCAGCUCUGCUCCAAGCGGUACCGGGAAUUCGCCAUCCUGCACCAGAACCUGAAACGGGAAUUCGCCAACUUCACCUUCCCGCGCCUCCCGGGCAAGUGGCCCUUCUCCCUGUCGGAGCAGCAGCUGGAUGCGCGGCGGCGAGGCCUGGAGGAGUACCUGGAGAAAGUGUGUUCCAUACGUGUCAUUGGGGAGAGCGACAUCAUGCAGGAGUUCCUGUCGGAGUCGGACGAGAACUACAACGGUGUCUCAGAUGUGGAGCUCCGGGUGGCGUUACCAGACAUCACAGCCGUGACAGUGCGAGUCAAGAAGAACAGCACGACAGACCAGGUGUACCAGGCUGUGGCUGCCAAGGUUGGGAUGGACAGUAUUACUGCAAACUACUUUGCCUUGUUUGAAGUGAUCAAUCACUCCUUCGUGCGCAAACUGGCGCCCAAUGAAUUCCCCCACAAACUGUACGUGCAGAACUACACCUCGGCGGUGCCGGGGACGUGCCUGACCAUCCGGAAAUGGCUCUUCACUACAGAGGAGGAGGUUCUCCUCAACGACAACGACCUGGCAGUCACCUACUUCUUCCAUCAGGCUGUUGAUGAUGUCAAGAAAGGCUACAUCAAAGCAGAGGAGAACUCCUACCAGUUACAGAAGCUGUGUGAGCAGAGGAAGAUGGUCAUGUAUUUAAACCUGUUAAGGACGUGUGAGGGCUACAACGAGAUCAUCUUCCCCCACUGCUCCUGUGACUCCCGGCGGAAGGGCCACGUCAUCACAGCCAUCAGCAUCAAGCACUUUAAACUCCACGCCUGCACCGAGGAGGGGCAGCUGGAGAACCAGGUAAUAGCGUUCGAAUGGGACGAGAUGCAGCGGUGGGACACGGACGAGGAGGGAAUGGCCUUUUGCUUUGAAUACGCACGAGGAGAGAAGAAACCCCGAUGGGUUAAAAUCUUCACCCCCUAUUUCAACUACAUGCACGAGUGCUUCGAACGGGUUUUCUGCGAGCUGAAGUGGAGGAAGGAGGUGGAGGAGGAGGCAGCAGACAAGGAUAACAGGAACUGCAGUAAAGACAAUAUGUGCAGCAAGAACAUCUUUCAGAUGGUCAGGUCACAGCAGAGGGACGCGGCCACUUAGCCCCGGUCCCGUCCCCCCCCGGCCAGGAUGAACGCAGCCCCCCCCCCCCAUUAACACUUAAAAUUGUUAUUGUAUUAAAGCCCUUAAACUAAAUAUUAUUAAUAAUAA